GCGAAUCAUGCACACUAUCCACUGUGGAAUCGAUUUGGGCCAAUGAGCCAUACGUAGAUGUAACUCAACAAACCUGGUUAACCAGGCUGCGAGUAAUACUACAACCAAACAACAGGAAAGCUCUAUUUAUCAUGCUUGGCUUGAUCAUGGCACAACAACUUGGCGGAAACUUCAUCACUAUGCAGUAUCUUGGGGUGUUGUUUAGCAAAACAACGAUCGGUAUUGAACCAAAGGUAGCGACGAUUUUGGUCCUAACUGUCGGCCUUAUAUCUAGCAUUUUAUCCACCAUAACAGUGGAAUCCGUUGGAAGAAGAACACUUUUGAUUCUGUCUACGCUUGGCUCGUGUGUUACAUUGAUGAUUCUAGCAAUUUAUCUUAGGUUCGAUCAAUAUAAGCAUGACGUUUCCAACGUCUCAUCUGUUCCCGUUAUCGACCUAAUUAUAUAUCAAGUAAUGUUUCAAAUUGGAUUAGGUACGUUACCCAAUGUUUUCCUAUGCGAGUUAUUUCCUACGGAACUAAAAGGCAUUGUUGGUGCCAUCAUUGUGAUUUUCGAUGGUAUAAUUGGUUUUAUGGUGUCGAAACUGUAUCAAGUGAUUACCGAUAAUGCAGGAUCGUCUGCGGUUUACUUUAUCUCCUCGAUAUCAUGCUGCUUGGCAUUUAUGAUGGUGUUCGUGUGGGUACCGGAAACAAAAGGAAAAACGUAUCGCGAGAUUGAAGCGCUUCUAGUUGGUAAAAACUUGAAUUCUUUGAAUGAAGGAGUUAGAACCGAUGAAACGAAUACGUAGAUAAAUGGAUAUUCGUAGAAUAUGACAGGAAAAAUUGCACCGUACGUCCGUGGCACGGUGUCUACAUACUCGGCAUAUUUUAUUUCCCAUUUUUAUUAGUAUAACGAUAAAGAUCUACAAUUUUAUCUCGAUAUGCAAUUUCUGUAGUAACGGAGUUUUAUACGUUUCUAAGUGUAAUUUUAGAAAUGUGUCUAACAAAGCUGAUGGUAAUUUAGAAACAUAUGUAUUGGAUAAAUUGACUUGAAUUGAACUUAGAGGAACACAUGUUCUCAAACUAAACUUUUUAUCCAUUUCAUAACACGAACAAUGUAACAAUAUCAUUUAACUCGAUAUAACUGAACAACAGCUUGCAAAAGUUAGAAAAGUAAUAUAUCAAAGAAUGACAGGAUAACAUAAUACUGACA